AGUUUACUUCUCAGGUACCUCAGGCAAAGGAAAGUUUUUAAAAGUCUUCAGGCAUUUCCCCUCCCACCCCCGAGGGGUGCUCGGCUAAAAUCCAGGCAAUAAGGGGUGGAGUUAAACUGGAUCCCUCCCCUUCUCCUGGGAAGUUUUUAUCAUCCCAAACGCGUUCAAGGCUAGAGUUUGAACAGCAGGGAGUAGCUGCGCGCCCCGAACUUUCCCCAUGGUUUCGGUGACCAGAGCCGUGUUUGGAGAGCUGCCCUCGGGGGGAGGGACAGUGGAGAAGUUCCAGCUUCGGUCAGACCAGCUGAGUGUGGACAUCAUCUCCUGGGGCUGCACGAUCACAGCUCUGCAUGUCAAAGACAGGCAGGGGAAAGCCUCAGACGUGGUGCUCGGCUUUGCCGAGUUGGAAGGUUACCUGCAGAAGCAGCCCUACUUUGGAGCAGUGGUUGGGAGGGUAGCCAACCGAAUUGCCAAAGGAAGGUUCACGGUGGAUGGGAAGGAGUACCACCUGCCCAUCAACAGAGAGCCCAACAGUCUCCAUGGAGGAUUCAGAGGGUUUGACAAGGUCCUGUGGACCCCUCAGGUGUUGUCCAAUGGUGUCCAGUUCUCUCGAGUCAGUCCAGAUGGUGAGGAAGGCUACCCUGGAGAGCUGAAAGUCUGGGUGACAUACACCCUGAAUGGUGGGGAGCUUGAAAUCAACUACAGAGCACAGGCCAGCCAGACCACACCGGUUAAUCUGACCAACCAUUCUUACUUCAACCUAGCAGGCCAGGGCUCCCCAGACAUAUAUGACCACGAAGUCACCAUCGCAGCAGAGGCGUAUUUGCCCGUGGAUGAAACGCUGAUUCCUACAGGAGUCAUUGCUCCGGUGGAAGGAACUGCAUUCGACCUGAGAAAGCCAGUGGAGCUUGGAAAACACCUGCAGGAUUUUCACAUCCCUGGUUUCGACCACAACUUCUGUCUGAAGGGAUCCAAAGAAAAGCAUUUUUGUGCCAGGGUGCGUCAUGCCAGAAGCGGGCGGAUCCUGGAAGUAUACACCACCCAGCCUGGCGUCCAGUUUUACACUGCCAACUUCCUGGAUGGCACUCUGAGGGGCAAGAAUGGAGCGGUCUACCCCAAGCACUCUGGCUUCUGCCUGGAGACCCAGAACUGGCCUGAUGCGGUCAAUCAGCCCCAGUUCCCGCCUGUGCUGCUGCGGCCUGGGGAGGAGUACAACCACACCACCUGCUUCAAGUUCUCUGUUGCUUAAAGAAGGCUGAAGAUGCAACCCGGUCCCUCCCAUCCCGGUGAAGAUAGAGAAGCAUUAAAAGUGAUCCUGCGUGUGAAGUCGCUACCAUAAUAGUCAGCUUGAAUACUGAUUUCCUUUCCCAACAGCUGGCUUCAGGCCAUGUCUCGUGACCAGCUGUGUUCUCUGUCUAGGUCAGAGGGCAAAUUAACUCUGCUGCCAGUGUCUUCCUCUAAGGCCUGAGCCUAGUGGACAAGUGGCCUCUACACUCUAAUGCUAGUAUAGGCUCCAUCUCUCCACCCUGACUCCGUCUUGUCUCUUUUCUUUAAGCCUUCCUUUCUUUGAUGGAACUCUUUGUUUUUCUGUCUCCUCUUUUACCUCCAGAAGUUAGUAAACCAGUUUUAACCCCAA